GCACAGGAAGUUGCGUUCCCCUUCAGGUCCAAGAAAAAAAAAAAUGUCUGCUCCGGACGUGGAGGAUUUUAUUCAACAGAACCGUGUUCUGGCCAAGCAGGUAGAGACGUACCGGGGUUACUGGGAGAGCGAAAAACACUGGGAGGCCCGGAGGGAGUUUAUCCUGAGGAACAUGGACGAUUUUAAGGAGGAGCAGCUGGACCAUCUGCUGUCUCUGUCCAUGGUGUGGGCCAACAACGUCUUCAUGGGAUGUCGCUACAGCACAGAGCUUCUGGAUAAAGUGAAGGAAAUGGCCGAGGGCAUCGUUGUAAAGGACGCACCAGUUUUCAAGACCAGGGAUGAAAUUAUUAAAAACCAGCAGGGCCGAUGACUGGAGCAGACGCCCAGGAUGUGCUCAACAUUGACCAGCAUUUUAAGGAUUUUAGAGAAAUUGAUCCUUUUAAUUGAACUGAUUAACAAACCUUUUUUUUUUUUUUUUUGUGGGAGCAUCUCAUCGCAUUCUUGAUUUUUACCUGUGAUUUUUCAGUUUGAGUGCAGUCACAUUUUAUGAAUGCAUUUGUACAUUUUUAGCAAUCCCGGCAUGUUUUAACCUGUUUUUUAAUGUGUUUUCUAGAAGAUUAAAAUAACUUUUUUUCAAAC